AUGACAGUUCAGGGCACCGGACACGACAUCUCUGUGAUACCCUCUCCAGUUACCAGAUCCAGCGACCUGGAACAGCGGAUGGGGCAGCAUAACGGGGUUGAUCUUGAUGCGACCAGUAAGGCUGCAUGUGGUGGGAGGGUAGUGGGGAGACGGGCAGAUGCUGUGUUUCAUCCGGAUUUUGGUUGUGCCAUAGGAGGGCAGGGAGGAUUCUGCAGAGUUGGUGUUGUAAACGUCCAAGAUGAGAAGUCCGAAAUGGGCUGCCGAGAUGCCACGCCGGCGAGGUUUGUUGGUGGUUAUUCUGCACCGAGAUUGAGUUUACGGGGUACGAUGACCAAGAUGUUGGCAAAUUACCACCAAGCCAGUAGUUGGAAGAAGCUCGUAUUAGAACAAUGA